AGAGCUGCCUACGAGGAGGCUGGUGUCCGGGCAGCUGCCUGCUGGCCAGCCUGGGGGCAGUGAGGAACACCCCGACCACGGCAUCAACGGACCUGGACCCCAGUGGUUCCCUGGGUGAAAUGUAGCAGAGCGGAGAGUUUCCCCCUCUGGAUGGGUAUACUGGAAGGUAUUGGAGCAGGCACUUUCCAGGACCUGUGGCUUCCAUCAAAAACUGGAGAGUGAUGCCCAUCUCUGUCUGCCUGCUGUGUUCUCCACCUGAAAACAUCGCUGGGGCCUGGCUUAUUAGGUGAAGAUCACGAAGCCCUUAAAAUAGCAACGGAUCCUACCCAGCGUUUUUCAUCAACCAAACCCAGAGUAUCCCCACUGAGUAUUCUACCUCUCCCAUUCUUUGGUGGGAUCCCUGGACUCAGGUGAGGAACAUCUGAGGUACGGAGCCCUCCCUCUGGCUGUCAUGGAGCCCACAGCUCACAACCAGCAGGAAGCAUCUACUGCUUCCAGCACGGAGACAGCAGAAGACCUUGCCUCCAAGUUAAAUGCUGCUGUGAGGAACAGAAAUAAAGAAGCUGUAAUGGAGCUGCUGGAGAAAGGGGCAGAUGUGAACUCCAAAGCAGAAAGUGGCUGGACACCACUGCAGAGUGCCGUGCAAGCUGAUGAUGAGUACCUGGUCCAGCUUCUGCUGGACAAGGGUGCUUGUCCACAUGCCAGGAAGGACAAUGGUGGCACUGCAUUUAUUGAAGCAGGGGCAGGGGGAAACAAGAAUAUACUGAAGCGCCUCCUUGAUUGUGGGGUAGACAUUAAUGACCAUGAUGACAACGGCUUCACAGCUUUCAUGGAGGCUGCAUGGUAUGGGAAGGAGGAAGCCUUGAGAUUCCUGUAUAGCAAAGGAGCAAAUGUAAAUUUGAGGAGGGCAGUUAGUGAGGAGAAGGUGAAACUGCAUAAAGGAGGUGCGACAGCACUGAUGGAUGCUUGUAGGGAGCGCUACUUCUCAGUUGUAAAAACUCUUGUCCGAGAGAUGGGGGCUGACGUGAACAUUCGUGACAACAAAGAUAGGAAUGCCUUGAUCCAUGCCCUCAAGAAGGCUUGUACCAAGGAAACAUACGAGUCAGCAGUCUCCAUAGGCUGUUUCCUGCUGGAGUGUGGUGUUGAUGUGAACAGCAAAGAUGAAUGUGGGAAAACUGCCCUCAUCCUAGCUGUUGAAAUGCAGAGCCCAGACUUGGUGAAAGCUUUACUGGAGAAGGGUGAAAUAGAUAUUGAUGACGCAGAUGAGGAGGGCAACACAGCUCUGAUGGUGGCUGUAGAGAAAAAUUAUUUUGAUAUAGCAAAGUUGUUGUGUGAACAAGGAGCAAGGACUGAUGUAGGGAACCUUAUCGCUGUUGCGAAUAGGAACCGUAAUCGUAACAUGGCAGAUCUUCUUCGCCAAUAUAAUGCCAAGUUUGUUCCAGAAACCCUCGAAGACUGGGAGCCAAACAGCAAACGUUGGAGGGACCAGCUGAAAAAUCUUCAUAAAAUGUAUCGCCCUAUGAUUGGCAAGCUGAAGAUAUUUCAAUACUUCCAGCAGAAAAUUCAGAACACUUCUCAGGGUGGAAUCUACCUGGGGCUCCACGGUGAGACUGAAGUUGCAGUAAGAAUAAGCCGCAGUACAGAAGGUGACGAAGAGAAAAGGUUCUUUGAACAGUGUGGUAACUGUGAACAUCUAUUGAAGCUCUUCCAGUUUGAGAAGGCAAAAGGCUACAUGUACUUGUGCUUCCCCCUUUGGGAGAAAAACCUUGAAGAAUAUCUGCAGGAACCAAAAGACCACGAGGAUUACAAAGGUGCUCUGAAGAUGAUCUUCCAGGCAGUGAGAGAGCUGCACUCCCUUGGAUUUGCUCACCAGGAUCUGCAUCCCAGCAACUUUUUAAUAGAUUUAGGUGGCAAAAUUUACCUGGCGGACUUUGAUAAUAAAAGAAGGUCGAUUGAAGACAAAAAAGAACUUAUAAACUCAGAUUUAGAGGCCCUCAGCAGGCUCGUGCUGUACGUUUUAACAGGGGGUAAGAAACCCCUUCAGCAAGUCAGUGCCGAGGAUUUGACUGAUGAUUCCCCAGAUUACCACGAGGCUCUAGACCUCGUACGUUGCCUGGCCUCUCACGACGAACGGGGAGUGGAAGGUUUGAGCAAACAUCCCUAUUUCUCCAGCAAACAGGACAGGUUCCAGUUCCUGAAAGGUAUAUGGAAUAAAAUCAAAGAUUUACCCAACCAAAACACUGUCUUUCAAGAUUUUAACGCUACUGAAAGAUUCCCUUAUCCGAGCUGGACCAAGGAGAUUGACAAAGAUGUUCUGAAGAUCAUGGAAAAUCCCAAGAAUGGAAGAAAAUUCAAAUAUAAAAACAACGUCAAUAUGCUACUGAGGCUCAUGAGAAACCUGGAUGAACACCCAGAUAGCAGGAUCAGUGACAAAAUAGGAGACUAUGCUGAGUAUUUCUUGGAGCUUUUUCCAGAACUUACCAUUUAUGUCUACAACAGUUUACGCCGGAAUCCAAAAUACAGUCACUGGGCAGACCUGUAGGAUGUCAUUGCCCCAUAUCUCAUGUCUGAUGUCUGACCCCACCAUCAGUGCCUCUUUUUAUUCCCUAUUUCUUCAUCUGCAAAAGAGUUGAAGAAAGUGGGUAAGGAGAUUGGAGAGAGCAGGGACAGGAGCAUGGAGGAUUAAGAAACGAAAGAUGCUUCAGAAGUGUUUGGUGUAACAACCAUGGGCUUUGGAGAGGAACCAAGCUGAGUGCCAGCCCAGGUCCUCCUUGACUACCUCUGUCCCUCUGGGCUUAUCCAUCUGUGAAGUGGAGAUCAAGGCCUUGAUCCUUUGUGGAGAGCAGGGAGAUGUGGAACAGCCCCCAAACACCCAACGCAUCUGGGAGACAGGAGAAGAGCUCAGGUGUUGCCAGGCAACGUGGGACUCUCUGACAAAGGAAAAGGAGUUCAAGCUCCUUGCUAGGGCAAAUAUUCCCAACAGCUUGCACUGAUGAGCCACUCAUCUACCCCUAGAAAGACAUGGAUUCUCUCUGUUCAGUCUUUUUGAAACACUGCAGCUAGAAAAUCACAGAAUCACAGAAUCUUAGUGGUUGGAAGGGACCUCCGAGAUCGAGUCCAUGAGAUGCCUAGGCAAUGGUCUGGCUGCAGAGUUGCCCUUGGCCCAUUACCUGCUCUGAUCUGGUAGAGGCACUCUCAGCUCAGUCUGUUGGGACCUGAAGGACUUCUGUUGGAGGAGGCAGGAGAUGUUUCUGCGAGCAACAGAUGUAAGGAGCACAAUCCCACAAAACUCUGCUACUGCACUAGCCCUGACUCGCCUGAAAAAGGUCACUCAUGCCAAAGGGACUGCAGGGACGGGUUCCUCCUGGAAUGGACAAUCUCUGCUGUGGCAGGCUGGGUCUGCAAGGCAGGGCUAGGUACAACUUCUCCCUGUCUCCAAAACUGUGCUGCUGGUGGUGUAUCACUGUCCUCCUGCCAGUCCCAGCUCCCGUGCACAGAGCUGGUGCCUGCACAGCACACAGCUGGCUCAGAGCUUUGGUACUGGAGGCUGGGUGGCACAAACCCAUCUCUGAAAUCCUGCAGCAUGCAAAGUGUCUCUGGUCAUCCAAGGGCUCACUCGUUUCUCAGCUAAUGCAGUGAUUUGCACAAUGAUUAUAGGUUGCUUACGGAAAUAAUUUUCAGCUGUUGAAAAGACUUUUGUUUUUAUUCCAACUGAGAUCGUUAUUCUUUCAAUUAGCCUCUGGAGAACCCAACUUGGAAUAAACUUGCCAGGAAAACUGA